UCCACCCUCCCAACAAUGGAAGAAGAAACGAAACACCGCUGGCUGUGAUGUGAUACGUUUCCCGUUAUUUUCUUCGGUCGAACGACUUUGGGAAUAGACGUUGGUUCUUUCUUAAGUUUGGUGUCGGUUGCAAAAAACCCAGAGAAAGCGUGGGAUCAUUAGAGAUGUCUGGACGUGUGUGCGCCAGCAUUCUCCAAAGAGCUUCUAGCUACACACUGAUACCUCCAUGGUCGGCUUCAUCUCAGUUCAUUCAGUGUUGCCUCUUUGAAGCACAACCCACUUCUCAGCCCCGAUCAGCCCAUCAUCGUCACUUCUCAUCCCGGCGUGCCUCCAGAGUAGAGCGAUCUCAAAGUGGGCGACACCUUUCAACUCGUCAGGACAUCGACUUCCAACUCAACCAAGUCCAGAUCAACAGUAUUCUUCGAUCUAACGAGCAGACUGUAAUUGUUCCUGAGUUUGAUGGCCGAGGAAUCAGUGCUGUCAGAAAGUUUGAGAGUAACCAGCUGGCUGCUAACACCCCUAAUGAGGACCGCCGCAGUGCAGCCACAUGCCUACAGUCAAAGGGAGUGCUCUUUGGAGUGUUUGAUGGUCAUGGGGGCUGGGCGUGUGCACAGGCUGUCAGCGAGCGGCUUCUGUACUACACAGCAGUUGCAAUGAUGCCAAAGCAGAGCCUGGAGGAGCUUGAGAAAUGCAUGGAGCAUGGCAGACCUGUUCCUCCUAUUUUGCAGUGGUACAAACACCACUCAGAUUUCAACUAUCGUGAAUCUGCAUCACUUUACAUUGACCACCUUAGGGUGUUCUGGCAAGAAUUACUGGACAGUGAGGAGCAUGGGGAAGGCAUGAGUCCUCCUGAUGCUCUGGAUCGUGCUUUCAAAAGGCUUGAUGCAGACAUCUCCUUAGAGGCUCAAGUUCCUCUCUCAAAUGACCUGAUGAAAAGCACAGCCAUUCAGGUUGCAUUUGCUGGAUGCACUGCCUCUGUGGCUCAUAUCGGAACAGAGGGGAUCCAUGUCGCAAAUGCAGGUGACUGUCGAAUAGUACUGGGGGUUCAGGAGGAGGACGGUUCCUGGAGUGCCUUACCCCUUUCCCAGGACCACAACUCCCAAAAUGAAACUGAGGUGGAGCGCAUCCGCGCCCAGCACCCGCCGUCAGAGAGGGACACAGUGGUCACAGAUGACAGACUUCUUGGGGUUUUAAUGCCCCUGCGUGCUUUUGGUGAUGUGAGAUUCAAGUGGAGCCAUGAGUUGCAGCAGAGCGUUUUAGCCAGCUUGGAGUCCGGAGUAGAUCUGGACUCUCUCAAUCUGUACCAGUACACUCCACCUAACUACCUAACUCCACCCUACCUGGAUGUAGCACCUGAAAUUACCUAUCAUAAGCUCCGACCGAAAGACCGCUUUCUAAUACUCGGCACUGACGGCCUGUGGGAUGAACUAGGGAGUGAAGAGGCUGUGCAACUUGUUGGCGAGCACUUGAGUGGGAUCCACCUCCAGGCUCCAGUUUCUCCAUCAGAGAGGCAGUUGAAAUUGGGUCAAAUGCAUGAGCUCUUGCUGAAGCGUAGGGCCCGGGCCUCCCCCGCUCUGGACACCAACGCUGCCACACAUCUCAUCAGGCGUGCUCUCGGCACUGGGGAGUAUGGAGAACUCUGCCAAGAAAGACUGGCUUCUAUGCUGGCUCUGCCAGAGGACUUGGCUCGUAUGUACAGGGACGAUAUCACAGCCACUGUGGUGUAUCUGAACUCUAACCUGGCCAGACCUCAAAAUGGCUGACAGGAGGGUUUAUGUGAACUAAACUAACAGCUAGCUCCAUCCAGAGGUCUGUACUACAAAUUUAGCUCAACAUACCCAGGCUGUCUUUGAGUUAUCUGGCUGUACUAAUUCAAACAAAUCAGAUCACACUGAGCCGUCAAAUGGAGUUUGUUAUCAACCUAAUAACUAAACCCUGAGUGUCCAUGAGCAUGUUCAAGUAAAAGGGGUGGAGUUAGUAACAGACCAGUUAUAAACAAAAACCAGUCUAACAUCAGCAGAAUGUCGUGUGUCACAAUCUGAGUAAACCGUUAAAGCUGUUGUAUUAGAAAGAGGACAUCAGCAUCAACUUUGAUAACACCCUUUUAUUCUGUUACAUUAAUUUGUGGCUUUGAUGUAUUUUUGUUUCAUAUAAAUUAUUACAAAAAGUAGGUUUUGUUGCGUUUUUAACAGUCUUGAUUGUUGAAGGAUGACUGUAAGGCCUGUCACAAAUUUAUUUCAUAUAAACAGGAAACCUUAAGUUUUCAUUGCUCUCUCUCCCUCCUCACCUGCAAACACCUCAGAGAUGUUUGCGAUUCAGAAACCUGAUUGGUUGUUAGCAGUGUAUUGCAUAGAUGAUCCUUCAUCUUGAUCAUAACCUGCUCUGAAGCGGGUAAUGAAAACCUCGAGUUAACCCCAAAGUUACUUUGCUUAAAGCAAAUCCUCAUGAGUAGUACAGGCCUCUGGUCAUGGCUAAACAAUACUCCAGGCCGUUAGUUUCUGAAACAUCUAGGGCCUAUAUUAAAACCUGUUACCAAAAAACAUGAAAUAUACAUAUAUAGAUAUUUUGAAAUGAAGUUCCCUGUCUUUAAUGCAAAUAGUUUUAACAUAUUAUAAAUCCAUAGGAUUACAUCAACUCUAUAUUCAUAAUAGAUGUGUCUACCUGGUCAAAGCACAUUUUGUGCAGAGAGGCUUCGCUCCUAUUCUUUAUUCAUGAUUUUUUUUUUAAAUAUACAUUACCUUUGUUGAAUUUCAAAGAAUGGAAAGUAGGAGUUGAAAGUUCAGAGUAAUGCACUCAGUUUGCUCUUUACUUGCACCUUUGUUUCAGUUUUUCUUGCACAGUUCGCUUGAGACAAUCAGUCCAUGAGAUUUUUGUCUACUUACUUUGAUGGUUACUCUUCGUUUGUGUAAGCUGUGAAGUAUACUUUCAGUAAAUGUUUUGUCCUCACUGUGAAUGUUAAAAGUGUUGUACCUCCACUCACUCUCUGUGAAAACAUGCAGGCGCUUCUUAGUAAAUAUUUAAGAUUA